UUCUUAACAAAAUGAGCUUCAUCCGUUCUGCCCUCAGACUUUCUGCUGCCACUGCAAUUCGCCCUGCAAGCGUCUUCCGCCAGGCUGCCCAACGUAACUAUGCCGCUUUGACCUACUCCACACCUACUGUAUCGGAGAACCCAACUUCUCUUACCGCAUUCACCGAGGAGGAGCUUAUGCUCAAGGAAACUGUUGCCCGCUUUGCCCGUGAGGUUGUUGCCCCACGCGUCUCUGCUAUGGAUGAAGCCGAGAAGAUGGAUUCUGAUAUCAUCAAGGCUAUGUUUGACAACGGUCUGAUGGGUCUUGAGACUCCCGGUGAUUAUGGAGGUGCCGAGUGCUCUUUCACUGCUGCUAUCUUGGCUGUCGAGGAACUUGCUAAGAUUGACCCCUCUAUCAGUGCUUUGUGUGACAUUCACAACACUUUGACCAACACUGUCAUCCGCAAGUGGGCUAACGAGUCCCUGAAGGAGAAAUACCUCACUCGUCUUGCCACUGACACUGUCGGAAGUUUUGCUAUUUCAGAGGCGGGUGCCGGUAGUGAUGCCUUUGGUCUCCAGACCCGUGCCGAGGACAAGGGUGAUCACUACAUCCUGAACGGUGGCAAGAUGUGGAUCAGUAACUCUGCUGAGGCCGGUAUCUUUGUCAUCUUUGCCAAUGUUGAUCCUUCAAAAGGCUACAAGGGUAUCACUGCCUUUAUUGUUGAGAAGGAGUGGGGUGUUGAGAUUGCCAAGAAGGAAAAGAAGCUGGGUAUCCGUUCUUCUUCUACUUGCGUCCUCAACUUUGACGACGUCAGAAUCCCCAAGGAAAAUGUUUUGGGUGAAGUCGGCCAUGGUUACAAGUAUGCCAUCGACUCUCUCAAUGAGGGUCGCAUCGGCAUUGCUGCUCAGAUGAUUGGAUGUGCUCAGGGUGCAUUUGAUAUUGCUUUGCCUUACAUGAUGGAGCGCAAGCAGUUUGGCACUGCCAUUGGAAACUUCCAGGCUAUGCAGCAUCAGUUUGCUCAAGUCGCUGUUGACAUUGAAGCCGCUAAGCUCCUAACCUACAACGCUGCUCGUCUUAAGGAAGAGAACAAGCCUUUUGUCAUGGAGGCUGCUAUGGCUAAGUUUAUGGCUGCCAAGGUUGCUGAGAAAGCCUCGAGCUAUGCUGUCGAGUGGAUGGGUGGAAAUGGUUUCGUGCGUGAGACUGGUGUCGAAAAGUUCUACCGUGAUUCCAAGAUUGGAUCAAUCUAUGAAGGAACCAACAACAUCCAGCUCCAAACUAUUGCUAAAAUUAUUGCCACCAAGUACCAGUAAAUUUAAAUGAGAAAGAAAAUACCUCUUGGACUAUAGAGACAAGACUUUUGGGACUAUAGAGCUAGAUUUAUGUAAAAAGUACCAACUAAAAAAAAUGUCAUCCCCCACUCCCCUUUACUUCUCUUCUGAACUCAUCUUUAUCUUUGAAAAACAAUAAACUGCCUGUACAAAAUUCGUAUUAAGCUAUUUGAAAAAUUC